AUUCCGGGUGUCUGCCAAAGCGAAAUAAAUUUCGAAAAACCAUCACCGUCGCCGAAAUCGACACUCAAUUUCGUGUUUAGUGAAACUGAAAGCGACGGUUACAACAGACACGUGUACGUUAAACGUUUGCGUUUGAUCGAUCAUCAACCGUCCGGCAUGACGAUCAUCCGCGGCGUUCUGAUUGUGCUCAGUGUAUGCUCCUUACACGUUACUGGGUUGGAGGUUGGAGCCCCUGAUUUCGAAAAUUAUGAAGUGCAAACUAUGACCACAGUGGAGGACAAUCAACUGACCGACGAUCCAACUGGUGACGGUUCAAAGGAAGAGCGAAUCCUUAACUUUGUAACGGUCAGUCCCGAAUACUUCGAAAUAAACCGUGCUCGGCCGAUCAUCGACUGGAUCACGGGAGUUGUCGGUGCGCCGGUAUUUGCUAACGAUGCCUCGGGACCGUCGCAAAACUGUACCCCUUGCAAGUGUGGAUCGCCGGAACCGACCGACGGACGGAUUGUGGGAGGCAGCCCGGUGGAGGAUAAUAGUUUCUCGUGGAUGGCCGCCUUGUACUACAACAAUCGCUUCAGCUGCGGUGGCUGUCUCAUCUCGGAUCGCUACAUCGUAACGGCCGCGCACUGCACGACCAAACCGGACAAGGGCCAGUUUCGCGUCCAGUUUGGAAUUCACGAUCGUGCCAAACCGACCGGGGCGUCCGUGGAGCGCAGCGUCAAACGCAUCUUGACCAACUGGUACAAUGCGUUCAACAACAACAACGAUAUCGCCCUGAUGGAACUCACGUAUCCCGUGGCGAUCGGGGAGCGCGUGGCCCCGAUUUGCCUACCGCAGGCUACGGCCAUGUACGAAGGCAUCCGCGGCGUAGUAACCGGCUGGGGGCGCACCAAGGCCGGUGGCGGUCUCUCCGGGACGCUACAGCAGGCCGAGGUGCCGAUUCUGACGAACCGCGAGUGCCGCCGAGCCGGUUACUGGGCCUUUCAGAUAACGAACAAAAUGAUCUGUGCCGGAUUUCUCGAGGGCGGCAAGGACUCGUGCCAGGGUGAUAGUGGAGGCCCGCUGCAGGUGCUCAAUGCAGACACGAACCGUUACGAGCUGGUCGGACUUGUUUCGUGGGGACGAGCCUGCGCCCAGAAAAACUUCCCGGGAGUGUACACGCGCGUCAGUCAGUAUCUGUACUGGAUCAAUCGCAACAUUAAGGACUCGUGUCAGUGUCACUAG